GUCAAGCUCAUCAUCCUACACAAUGUCUUUGGAUCGAUAUGCUGCAGUUCAUGCUGCCACUCCCCAGGGCAGAGGCGAUGCUCGACCCACCGCCGACCAGGUGCUGCACGACCAGGAGCCCCUUGAACCCUACUGGCGCGAAAAGGUGAUUUUGAUCACUGGAGGAACAGCUGGUCUUGGUGCAGAGUCAGCGCGAGUCCUACACAAAACAGGGGCCAAAAUCUUCAUCAUGGGACGAGACGCCGCAAAGGGCCGGAAGGUUGCCAACGAGAUAUCUGCAAGCAACCCAGACUAUCCACCAAUCGAGGUUAUCCAAAUGGACCAGAGCAGCUUACAGAGCGUUCAGGAUGGUGCAAACGAGUUUUUGAAGAGAAGCGGUGGGAAGCUGAACGUCCUCAUGGCAAAUGCCGGCAUAGUGGCGUCGCCGAUUAAGCAGACGCAGGAUGGCUUCGAGGCUGUCUUUGCCAUCAACUAUCUGUCGCCAUUUCUUCUCGUGCGACUACUUACCCCAGCGCUCAUUGCCUCUACGACACCGGAGUUUAACUCAAGACUAGUCGUUGUUUCCAGCGCCGGUCAUCGCGCAGGCAACGUCGACCCGGAGAAAUACAACUAUGUCGGCGAGGGCUACGACACAUCCAAGGCAUACGCCCGGAGCAAGACAGCCAGUAUCCUCAUGGCCAACGAGUUCGAGCGGAGAUAUGGAAAGCAAGGAGUGCAUGCUCUGAGCCUCAACCCGGGAAUCAUCAUGGACACUGAGAUCUCGCGCGGUCUCCCAGGGACCUCCGAGUCCCGACGACCAAUGUACUACAAGAUGGAGCCUUUACUGGCGUCGUAUGAGAAGGAUGUCGAGCAAGGAGCAGCGACUCAGGUGUGGGCGGCCAUAUCAAAAGAGCUGGAAGGGAAAGGAGGGCUGUAUCUAGACGAUAUUCAGGUUGCUGGUGAGGCUACGUUCGACGGUCAACUAUGCAGGCCAGGCUGGAAACCCUACGUCUGGGACGAGAAGAUGGCAGCUCGAGUUUGGGGAGAUAGCUUGGCUAUGCUUGGAGUAGCAGGCUUUCCAUGCUAAUUGUCAAUAUAAGUAUUCUAUGCUGCUCUGGCAAUCAUAUUGGCGUUAUAGUAGAACGGAGGAUCACUGUCG